AUGAAAAAUCCGAAGCAUGGUGAAUGGGGCGGCUAUAGGCCUGCGGCGGUAUUAGAAGGUCUGUUCGGGAGAAACUUGCUGCUGCUAGGAAGUGUUAUCGAUGAUAUAAACGAGAGCAUUACGGCGCUACAGAACACAUUCCAAUGCUUCCUUCCGCUGGAAGAAGAGAAGGAGCGAUCGAAACCCUUGAAAGAUGCCAUGCGGAAACUGAGAAAACGAGUCAAGAUUACGAUCGAGAAGAAGGAUUUCGAAGACAAAAUAGCCUGCCUGGAGAAGUCAAACAGCGAAUUAAUACGACUCCGAAAACAAGUCAAAGAACUCCAAGAGCCAUCGUGUUGUGCAAUUAAGAGGUCAUCUGAUAGGGCACGAAAACUACCAGUAGAAUUUGGAGCGUACGGAAAUAUACGACGCGCAUCAAAAGCUCUCCACGAAGCUCUCACGGCGGCAUGGUCAGACACGCAAAUACCACAUCUUCGGCAUCUUGUUAAGCUGUUUUUAGAUGCUAAGACAGAGAUUGAUGUACAGAUGGAGAUUGCCAUUCUAUGUUAUGACGAUGUUCUGCAACAGCGGCCACUACUUGAAACAACCUUAACGAGAGUACAAGUUAGAUCAAGAACGUUGAAUUCUAUUGCCUGGUCUGAUGCAAGCUUGCAGGUUCCGGCACCACAGAUGGAUGAAGCACGGAGUGGCCAGCGAAAACGCCAGAAGGUGAGAUUUGCUAGCGUCAGCGACAACUCUGAUAUCGUGAGCGAAGCUUCACCAGCAACAUCUGCCGUGUCUAUAGCCACCUCACCAUUAUCAGCCGCUCCACCAGAUGACUUGCAGCUUACUGGACAUUUUUGCUCAGAGCUCUCAAAACGCUGUUCAACCCCAGAUACUUCAUGCGGUAAAGAGGGUCUGGGGCACAUCGACAGCGGCAUGCAGGAAGCGUUUCGCCAUUGCUUCUUCCCCUGCCCAAAGAACUCAAAUUACAAUAAUAUGGGGUUAGACGACGUGAUGCACAUGAAUGAAGCACUUGCACAAUCUGCACACAACAGACUUGAUGUUGUCAGCCAGUUGCGAUUAGCUCAUCGCCUCGUCUCUGCAGUGCUCAAGUUCAAUUCGACUCCAUGGCUUAACGAGUUGUGGAAUAUUGGAGACCUCGCAUUUUUUCGACAAGGAGAUGACCUAACAAGGUCGCUUCAAACACUACACUUUGGUGUAGAGUUGAUUCAUAGCGCGCCUGAGUCGGAAGAUUCUGUAAUGCAAGUUGAAUCGCCAGCCAGCUUAGUACACACUUCGAUUGAAGACGCACAAUAUAAACACGGCGUGCGUAAUGUAACGCUUUUUAGCUUGGGAGCUGCUCUUCUGGCUGUUGGAAGAUGGGAGCGUAUAGAUCACAGCGACAUUGAAGGGAUUCGACGACUUGCUUCACAGCCAAGUUACUUGGGGCCGAUGUAUCAAGAGCUAACGCAGAAAGUUCUUGAUUGCGAUUUUGGACAUGGGAAAGAUUUGAAGAAGCCUAGACUUCAGGAGGCGGUGUACGAGGCGGUUGUUUUAGAGCUGGAGUCGAUGAUUGCAAGUCUUGAUAUAUCUCGAGACUGA